AAUUAUCUACUUUCUGGUUCGGAAAUGGCGGCCUCCUGCUUCGCAAUUCCCUUAUCUUCGUCUUCUCGAUCGUCUUACAAUGCCAUUUCCAAAUACAAAACUCGAAUCUCUUCUAUUUCUUCUUACUCUUGCUUAGAAUCCCUGAAAGCUCAAUUCUCUUCAUCUACUUCUUUCCACCUCUCUUCUCUUUCUCGCCCCUUUGUAGCUCAGCCACUGCAAAUUAAGGUCUCUUCUUCUGAAUUAUCAGUUCUGGAUGAAGAGAAAGAAGAAGUUGUUAAAGGAGAUGGAGAAAAGGGAGAAGAAACCGAAGCGGAACCAGUGGUGAUGAAGAAACCAAGACCGUGUGAGCUGUACGUGUGUAAUAUCCCCAGAAGCUAUGACAUUGCUCAGCUUCUCGAGAUGUUUCAGCCGUUUGGUACUGUAAUCUCUGUCGAGGUAUCGCGAAAUCCUGAGACUGGAGAGAGCCGUGGAAGCGGAUAUGUCACAAUGGGUUCAAUAAACUCUGCCAAAAUCGCCAUUGCUUCGCUUGAUGGAACAGAAGUAGGUGGUCGGGAGAUGCGGGUUAGGUAUUCUGUUGACAUGAAUCCAGGAACCAGAAGAAACCCGCAAGUUUUGAAUUCAACUCCAAAGAAGAUUCUGAUGUACGAAAGCCAGUACAAGGUCUAUGUCGGAAAUCUCCCUUGGUUCACGCAGCCUAAUGGUUUGAGAGAACACUUUAGCAGGUUUGGUACAAUCGUAAGCGCGAGAGUGUUACAUGACCGUAAGAAUGGGAAAAACAGAGUCUUUGCCUUUCUUUCUUUUAGUAACCUUGAAGAACGUGAUGCGGCUUUGUCACUGAAUGGAACAGAAUAUGAAGGUCGCAGAAUCAUAGUCAGAGAAGGUGUCGAGAAGACUGAAUCGUAAAAAUCAGCUGGGGUCAGCUGUUGCUGCACAACAUAAUUUUCAGAUUUCUUCAACAAGGUCUCAAAAAAAGUUACCUUUUUUUUUUUACAUAUUCCCUCUGGUUUUAAGUUCUCACUCUACAAUGUAGCUUCCUGCACGAUCCUGGCAUCAAUGAAGUUUGUUUAUCAGCCAUUAUAUAUAAUUCUCUUGUCCAUCUUCUCCGACUCUCAUCUACUUUUACAAAAUAAUACUAUUAUUGUUGUUCUUUUCACCUA